GCCGUGUAGAUCGACCGAUCCUUCACCGAUGCGUCCGUUUGACCACGGUAUGCGCUCGACAGAGACGAUGAGAUCGAUGGAAUCGAUGAGAUCGAUCGAUUCCAUCAUACGUCAACCACCAUCUGAUCAGAUACGCAUGGAACAUCAUCAUUCUAUACGACCGAUGGAGGGAAUGAGCAGAUCAAUGGAACAAAUCCGUACGGAGCAACCGCGUUCGGUCGUGGAUCAUUCCAUGACCGCUCCUCCGUCUUCGAUGUCACCGGGCAGUAUAGGGAGCGGUAUGGAUCGUGGCCGUAUGAUGCGCGCCAUAGAGCAUCCCUGCCGGCUAAAAGAUCACUCCAGUUACAUUCACGAUCAUCACUUUGGGAGGCCUCACGAGCACGGCUGUCGAUCGACUGAGCACAUAUCACGGCUGCUGGAGCAUCGACAGCACGAAGCGCAACAUCCGGGGAGACCGCCGAUUGAACAUCCAGCCGUACGACCGCCUAUGAACUAUUCUUGCAGAUCCCUCGAUCACGCCCCCGGGCGACCCAUGCCGAUGGACUGCGUGAUUUUUGGCCCGCAUACCCAUCCACCGCCCAGACUGCCCGCGGAAAGCCCGUUUCGCAUCAACUGUCCCGUACAUAGUCCCUUCCGAUUCAGAUUCCCAAACGGCGCCGGCACCGAGUACCAUUCGCAUUCACAGGCACUUCUACAAGCUCACGACGUUGCCGGUCACGAGGUCUACGGCGAGGAAGCCACCAGGGUAACGCCACCGCCACUUCUCACGUAUCUGAAUGGCGGCGACGAUCUCGAAGGACAAAACGGCGAUUUAGAUGAAAAAAUUACUCGCGUCAGACUGGUGCAGUUCCAGAAGAACACGGAUGAGCCGAUGGGAAUCACAUUGAAAAUGAAUGAGGAUGGGCAAUGCUUCGUAGCGCGGAUUAUGCACGGUGGGAUGAUCCAUAGACAAGCCACUCUUCACGUCGGUGAUGAGAUUAGAGAGAUCAACGGUAUACCAGUUCAGAAUCAAUCCGUUAAUGCCUUGCAAAAGAUUCUGCGGGAGGCACGUGGAUCGGUGACUUUCAAGAUCGUGCCGUCGUACAGGAGCGCGCCGCCCCCCUGCGAGUUGUUCAGGAUUAAGCCUCUGCCAGUGUUAAUUUUCGUUCGAGCGCAAUUCGACUACGAUCCGCUGGAGGAUGAAUUGAUACCCUGCGCACAGGCUGGAAUCGCUUUUAGAACCGGUGACAUUCUGCAGAUCAUCAGCAAGGAUGAUCAUCAUUGGUGGCAAGCGAGGAAGGAUAACGCGGCUGGUUCCGCGGGUCUUAUCCCAUCGCCCGAACUUCAGGAAUGGCGCAUUGCUUGCAUGUCUAUGGAGAAGAACAAGCAAGAACAAGUAAAUUGCUCAAUAUUCGGCCGGAAAAAGAAGCAAUACAAGGAUAAAUAUCUUGCAAAGCACAACGCUGUUUUCGACCAGCUGGACCUGGUGACCUACGAAGAGGUCGUGAAGCUUCCUUAUCCUGCCUUCCAACGGAAAACUUUAGUAUUAUUGGGAGCACAUGGUGUCGGUCGACGACACAUAAAAAAUACGAUUAUUUCCAAGCAUCCUGAUAAAUAUGCCUAUCCUAUUCCGCAUACAACGAGGCCUCCACGAAGUGACGAAGAAAAUGGUCGUAAUUACUAUUUCGUAUCGCAUGAUGAAAUGAUGGCAGAUAUAGCUGCUAAUGAAUACCUCGAAUACGGUAAAUCAUGUCUAUGCAAAUUUUUAUUUAAUUUAUUAAAUAUCCGCAAAAUUCAUGAAGAAGGCAGAAUGGCCAUAUUGGAUGUUGAACCACAGGCACUGAAAGUUUUACGGACUGCUGAAUUUGCACCUUACGUCGUUUUCAUCGCUGCACCAGCAUUUGCAAAUGUUACGGAUUUCGACGGUAGUUUAGAACGUUUGGCGAAAGAGUCGGACAUGCUGAAGCAAGCAUAUGGGCACUUCUUCGAUUUGACCAUCGUGAACAACGAUCUCGAUGAGACGAUCGCCCAAUUGGAGGCUGCGAUUGAACGCGUUCACACGACACCACAAUGGGUACCCGUUUCUUGGGUCUACUGACAGCGGUCUUCGCCGAUUCGUCACAUCGUCACCACGGAUUGCAAUGGCUCAUCGAGGAUGAAACAGUGAUCGCUGGUGCCGUGACGAUUAUCGUAUCACGGUCGGUCCUCUCGGCGCAAGGAUUUGACGUCAACAGUCAUCGGCGUCCAACAGGAAUACGCCGCAGACAAUUACGUCGUACACGUAGGAUAUACUCAACGUACCAGCAAACAUACUCGCCGUCGAUCGGCUCGACGGUGAAAACGAUCAAAGUGCGUGACUAUACGAUGGCCGUGUGUUCAUUCUUUCCAUCGCUGCGUAAUUGUUAUUAUCAGUCGCGAGACACGAGAGGAGACCAGCGACGUAUCGUAGUCAUCCUGAUCCAUCGAUGAGUAUCGCUGUUGCGUCCGUUACCGAGGCGUCGGAUCAUCCGGAAAUGGAACGCGUCAUCAUCAAAGCACGACGAAGAUCAGUGACGGCAAUAAUGUCGUCACGUGCGUCUAGAAACGGACGCUUUUUCGCGGACCACCAACUCUUUCCUGAUUUCAUCUCCUUCUCCCUCUGUUCCGUCUUCCUCCUUUGAAGAUU